UCGGCGCUCAGUCGAGUACCGACGUCGUCGACGGCGACGUCGUCUACCACCCCUUGCGGAGACCCCCCUCUCUCAGGACGCCCACCCCUAGUCUCGUCCUCGCGCAGCCCGCAGUGCCAUGUGAUCGUCUCGCCGCUCUCGUCGAUCGCGAACGCGCUCGAUCACGAACGACUUAUGACACAGCACGUGCACACGAAGUAAACAUCGAAAUAACGCUGGCGACUGUUGAAAUUCGCUUUUCUCUGUUCUACACGCUAUCGGGAUGGACGCAAAAUUUUUCUCGCAAUAGUUCCUUGACGAUGAUUACGAAGCGCACUUGAAUUUUUCCGAGCGUAGGAAUCGAGAGACUCUUUGGGUAUAUUCGGCGCGGGCUGACGCGGGAAAUGGCAGGGCACGUCCGUGGAUGCAGGAACCACGUGCGAGCGGUCGGUGCCAAAGGGAACGAUAGGAUUCCCCUGCGAUUCCCGACGACGCGGUGUUGAAGUUGAAACUAACUAAAACUGGCCUAGGCAGGUGCGUGUGGCACGUACGGAGUAUGUAAGACAAUGCGGUGGUGUGGUGGUCCCUGCGAUCUCCUGCGUCGCAAGAUCUUCAUCCUUCUUGUUCUGAUCGGCUGCAGCGACGGCUAUUUCAAUCUGUUCAUCAGCCGCGCUCAGGUCAUGAAGCUUUUAGGACUCGAUGCCGAGUUGUACUAUGUGCGGGAGGGGGUGGUCAACACGUACGCGAUGAAUUUCGUCGUGCCUGUGCCGGCGAGCAUAGCGGACCUAGAAUUUUCAUGGCAGAGCCUCAUAGGAUACCCGUUACGGUAUUCGAUGGAGCUGGACUACGACGUGAUGAGCGUACCGGGUGGACCGUCCUCCGGGAUGAUGGCGUUGCUGCCACCGAGGGUAAACGUGUCCGCCCAGGGCGAGAUACCGGUCACCCUGCAGGUCUUCAGGAUCAGAUUGCCGUGCUCGGGUGUCGUUAGCGCCGAAAUUCCUUUGGCGCUUAGAUUGAAUGUCACGGCGCCGCCCGGCACCAGGUACAACGACACCGUCUUGGUCUUCAAGAGGAACAAGAUCUGCUUGAAAGGUGUCCAGACCCCUCCCAGCAACGAUUCGGUGCGCUUGGAGCCCGAUCCGCUCGCGAAUGGUGCCGGUGCACUCUACGUCGCCGCUACCUGUGCUUGCGCCUUAAUCUUGGUCGUCGGCAGUGUCGCCAGCGCGUUAUACAUUCGCAACAGCAAGGCUCGGGUUCAAGAAUCUCAGAAAACUCUGCCCUGCUGCAGUUACUCCGCGGCGGACACCGGCGGCCUGGCCAGGAGUUCCGUUUUAGUUAGGGUCGACCCACGACCCGGAAGCGCGAAUUCCGGAAGUUACGCCACCAUCGCCGACCUCGAGCCGCUGUAUGCGAGGCCGUGCGGUUCCAGAGCUAGUUACUACGCGGCGAGUCACGUGACGCAUCUCAGCCAGUCGACUGAUCCAUGUGAGAAGGCCAGAGCCCUCGCAGUAUCGAGAUCAGCGUUGUACUGUCGCACUCUCGUGCAGGAGGGCACUUUCGGUCGCGUAUACAAAGGAACUUUGGAGUUAGCCGGCCGGGAGCAAGAAGUCAUCAUAAAGACAGUCACAGAGGUGGCAUCCGCUUACCAAGCUUCUCUUUUGGUGGUGGAAGGCUCGCAACUGGCUGGAUUAGUUCAUACAAACAUCGCCUCUUUGGCGGCCGCUUGUCUGGACAGUUCAUGCCCUUUGCUGGCUUAUACAAGCACGCCCGGUGAGCUAAAUCUAAAGGUCUAUCUUACGGAUGGAAAUCACCAUCCGGUGACUAGAGACUUGGUACACGUUGGUGCCCAGGUUGCUAGAGCUGGGGCGUUUCUUCACGGGCGAGGUCUGCUGCACAGGGAUAUUGCUGCCAGAAAUUGCAUAAUUGAACCAGGCAGCAUCCGCGUGAGACUGGCUGACGCUGCCCUGGCUCGAGAUCUCUUCCCACAGGACUAUCAUUGCCUCGGUGAUAACGAAAACCGACCCAUACGUUGGAUGGCCCUAGAGAGCCUCCAGCGCAACGAAUACAGCACGGCGACCGACGUGUGGUCCUUCGGGGUAUUCCUAUGGGAAUUGGCGACACUGGGUCAACAGCCGUACGUAGAAGUGGACCCGUUCGAGAUGAUGGCGUGUCUCCGAGACGGAUAUCGGCUCGCUCAACCGAGACCUUGUCCCGAUGAGCUCUUCGCCUGUAUGGAAGCCUGCUGGCUCAGUCCCCCCAGGGAUCGGCCAACCAUGCCGCAGCUGCUCGCCUAUUUGCAAGAUUUCCACGAUGCGCUAGGCGGAUUUAUUUAAAUCGCCUGUCCGCGAACCGAUCUGGCACCGUUCGAAGGUUGACAGCGCAUCGUCGUCGACUCAGAUUUAUCGAUCGCACACCAGCUGAUUAAAUUCGUUUUUAGAAUCGUAUCGUAAGUUGCGAACGACCGGACGGAGAAGACUGUCUCGAAACGCCAAUUCCGAAAUGCCGAAAGCACGUCCAGUAAGUUCGCAAUGAAAUCGAAAGUCUUCGAAAAGAAGAAUAGAAUCAAAGUCGCAUGGAAUUGAACGUCGCUGCCCAUUUGCGACACUGCCCCUUAUAUCGAUAUAAGUAUAUCCGGUGCAAUUUGUUGCAACUAUGAUGACUGAUAAUUUAGACUUACUGAUAAUUAUACUACUGCCCCAUCCAGUUGAUCAUGAAUCAAAGUAGAAUAUCGUCGUCCUUUCAUUGGCGAAAGAAGUCGCGGAAAAAUUCGACACGGACACAUCCGUCCAUAUAGUAGUUAAAACGCAUGUAAGUACAUGAACUUUUAAAUCUCGCAUUUAAGCGACUCACCCCCCCCAAAAAAGCCACUUAAUCGUGUGAAAGAGCCUUAUCUUCGAUAUUACAAAAUGCCGAAACAGAUCUUUUUUCUUCUUAGCUCCUGAUCUAAUAAAGCAAAUUUUACAAACUGCCAGUCUAUAGUGAAGUAAUGAAGAAAUUAAAAAAAAAUUAAAUGCGCAAUAUAAAAAAGCCGUUAAACAUCUAGGUGUUUUUUUAUAUAAAUAAGACUAAUAUAUUCACAAAUUAAUAUUUAUUGUAUAAAUUAAAAAAUAUCACAUAUACACGCAACAAACACGUAAUCAAUUUCUGUGGGCGAUAUUUCAUAAGAUAACUUAUCCAAGAAUGGAGAUCGUUCCUAAUGUACACCUCUCCUUUCCCCUUCCCCACCCUAACCCCAAGGAAACUUCAUUUCGCUUGGAUAAAUUCAUUUGAGAAGGGAUAUCUCACAAAGUGAAGAGAUGUGAAGAGAUCUUAUAAUUCGCAAAUGCGGCUUUUGCCCGCGCCAACCACGCAGUCCGGGCGCAGAGUGCGCCUGCGGCGCGGCUAUUCUUUAUCUUUUCGACGCUGUUAUAACACGGGACUCAGGCGACUGAAUGGAAAUGCCACUCCUUCCGUCUGUAUUAAUGAGCGUCUUGUAAAUGGAUCGCCGUCUUAGCGCGUAAAUUUUGAAUUACCUAAUUUAAUUAAUAAGUGGUGAAAGGUGAAUGUACACGCGUUCAGUUCAUUGAAGAAGCCCUCAGCUUCUUCAGCGAGAAUUUCGCGAGAAUUGAGAUGAGAAAGACAGCGCACCACGUCGAGACGAAGUAAAUUUAUGAAAUCAUUAUUAGGAGGAAUGCAUAUAUUGCAAGAGUAUACGCUUUUUUAUUCGUGUUAAUGUAUUAUCUAGGAAAUAAAGUAUGUCGGAACGAGAAGAAAAAAAAAUGUGAAAGAUCGAUAAAUGCUUUUUCAAGCAUUCGCGCUUAUACGGGGAGAAUACGUGUUUGAUAUUAAAAUAUUACAAGUAUGCAGAAAUCGAAAUUAUUACGUGGGAAAUUCUAAUAAUUAGCGGCGGGAUAAUUUUUAUAUUCCCGAGAGACAAUAUUAAUAUACUAAUAAAAUUACGUAAUAACGCGUUGAUACGCACACGCAUUCGUUACACAAGACGGCUGUAAACGGUGUAAAGAUCGGUUAAUUAGGUCAGUCUAUUUCAUCCAUUUCACUUUUACAAGCGUUUGCGCCGCUGUCGGGCCUGCAUGUUUUUCCGCCAAACCGCGCGAGUUUUAUAAACGAAAAAUUGUCCCGACGAACGUCGCAUAAGCCGCGCGCAAAAGGGGCUCACGCGUGCACACGACCCGAUCGUGCCGCUCGAUCAUUAUUCAUUAACAAUUGCAUUUGCGCAACCUCGAAUAAUCGUGACCGGAACGACGGAGAAUGCAAAAAAAGCAAAGCUCCGAACACUUAGGAAUCCCCCAUUGUUGUACAUGAUCCUCGGUGAGCACACACUGUUCCGUAAAUGGGCGGUCGGACUAUACGUACUUUGUAGUUAGGUAUCUAUUAGCUACACCGCGAAAAGCCAUUUCGAAUUCCCGUCGACUCGCGCCGGCAACAAGCUCGAAUCUUGCAAAAUCGAUCGCUGGAUCUUAAUGUCAGGUCUCGGGAAAAUGGCCCCGUGCACAAAAUUAUCUCGAUUCCUACCUCGGCGCUCGAUCCUUUCGAUUGCACCGCCUCCACUCGCAAUAAUCUCUUGUUUUGAGAAAGUUCUAAGACGCGUUAAGUCGAACAAUAAUAAUAUUCAUUAAAAGUAGAAGCAGUAGGGCUUGAUUUUCGAAAUUAUUUGUCGAAAGAAAAUGCGAUAUAGUUCUAGAAUAUUUUUGUAAAUUAUUGUCGUCAUUAUUGACAUCCGUCUACAGAUUUCAUUGCAAAUGUAUGCUAUGUAACAUAAGUAAUUUUUAUAUAUACGAUGGAUACUGAUCGAAGCUAGAUAUUUACCGACAUUAUUUAUACAUUUUAUUCGGUAUGCAAAGGAAUAUAUAUGUCUGCAUUUUAUGUUUUAGAUCGUAUUGCUUGUAAAUGGAGAUCUUUGAUUAGGAAAUAUUCCAUCGUCGCGAUGUUAAAUCGAUAUUUAACAUUUCUUCUGCCGUUUGAAAUUUUUGCAAGGUGUUAUUUUAUUGUUUGUUGUAAAUAAAAUUACCACAGAUGUCAGCGACGAACACCGGUGAAAGGUUUCGCCGUGACAUUUUCAUCGUAGAAAGACAUUACCGAGGGAAAUGGAGUUAGAACCUGCGCCGGCCGCUUCUGACGGUUAAAAGAUAUAAUUAACAUUUACUUCUGCGUCAUAAAAAUGUAAUAAGGAUAUAUUAAUUACAUGAUUUAAUUUUAGGUUAAUUUUACUCUGCGGUAAUUACUGCUUUUACUGCCAAAGUUGAACUUCGCGAAGUAGGCCUUUCUGAUAUCAGUGUUGCAUUUCAUUAAAAUACUACUCUACACAUAAUGCGAGCACAUAAUGUUGACAAAGCGCAUUACACGCAAUCGUAUUAGUUCAAUUGUGCUUAAUCCAUAUCUUUUCUGUUGUAAGCGCAAUUGCGCAAGUAACGGCUAAAGCUGGUAAGGCGUACGAACGAGACGAGGGACUAGAAAACACGUUUAUCGAUGUAUUAAACAUGCAAUACUGAUCUCACAGGAUAAAAUUAAACCGUACGGGAGAGUCACAUUGCAGCGUACACCAGGAUAUCCUAGAUUCACCGUCUUUCCUUUUAAUGGCAAAUUCUUUUUACGGUAAGAUAAGGAGAAUGUGACGUUGAUAUCGAACGUAAGAUUUCCAUUUCCUUUUUAAUAUUAAAUAAUUUCGCCAUUAGGUUUUGAACUUCCAGUUAAAAGAAAUUUUUAACUGAAUUUUAACUGAAGUCUCAUUACUUAUUUCGGCACUUUCGACGUUUAUAGUUUCAUUAAGAGGAAGGAUAACAGAGAAGAUAACUUGAUCUUUUGUGUUAUAAUAGAACUACAGGAUGCGCGUUAAAUAAUACCUAUGCAUUAAAAGUAUAGAAGCAGAAAUGCUUAAAUUACUCCAUGGGAUUGUUUGUCAAGGGAAAAAUGUGUGAUAGCUUUAGAAUAUCUUCAAACUCGCGACGUCUCGUUCGCGCUCAUUGAAGCAAGCUAUUUAUUGUGUUUGUUCACGUUCGUCUCUUUAGUCGCUGAAUCCGGGCGAGUAACACAGGUGCAAAUCGAGCGAGCGAAGAUUUACACAUUUGCGGCGCGAGGCCGCCGUAAGGCAUUUUUUAAUGUACUCGAUGUGUACUAAAUGUCGCAUGUUCCUGACCACGAACUAGAAACUUUUUAUCGCACUCGUCUUUUACUCGUCGUUUCCUCGAGCUGCCCCCCCCCCCACCCCCCCGUCCCUUCCCUCUAAUCUGCCCUGUCAAUUGAUCGCGCGAACGUUAACGAGAACGACUUCUCGACUCGUACUACUGCCAGGCGCAUCUACUUAUUAAUCGAUAUUGCUAUUUAAUAACUAUCGCUCGCUACUAUUUAUUGCGACGCUCUAAAGUCGUGCGUUUUUUCAAGAAAUCGUCGGAUUCUAUGAUGUACUCGUGAAUGUCUUUGAAUGGAGGUACAGGGUAGGCUGUAACUGCACACCUUUUCGCUAUCGCUGUAUAAUGGGAUCGCUGCUCGUUUCCGCGCAAACAUACGUAAAUAUAUAUAUUCUCUUUUCCUUUAAUCAUUCCUCUUUCCCUAGUUAAGAAAGAAAAUCCGGUGGCGCAGGGGAUCCCGAUCGUUUCCGCUUCGAUUUCGCGUCCUCUCGCCUUCAGGAAUAAAGAAAAUCUCCCACCCUCCUCCCCCCUCUUCGGACGACAGUUCCAGUCAUUGUAAAUAUUUGUAGCGAAUAACAGCGGUGCGCCGCGUGCGAGAGAAAGAAGAUAAGAGAAAAAGAGAGAGAAAGAAAGAGCGAGAGAGAGAAAGAGAGAGAUGUGUGAAUGAGAGAGAGAAAGAAAGAGAGAGUUGAUUUGUGCAGAUUCUAUUAUUUCUUACGACGAUUUACGGCAUUAUUUUUCAACGGAAAGUGAAAUAUACGUGUUAAAAAAAA